AUGCCAUCUCUCAAAUCCAUCCUCUCCCUCUCCCUUUCCCUCCUAUCCCUCCUCCAGUACCACACCAACGCCCUCGCCCUCCCCACCAAUGAACACGACACAACCACCACCAGCAAGCGAGAAAUGAACAUAACCCUAAUCUGCCCUUCCACCCGCGCCCCCGUAUUUGGAUCAGUCUCCGGCGCCUGGAAGAUCCUCGAGCACUUGAAGACUCUGGACAACGAACCGCCGCUGCCGACCGUGGCGAUGGAGGAUGGGUGUAGGCGGAUGGGAUGUCAAGAGGGGACGGGGGUGUUUUGGUGUGUUAGGGAUGCGAAAUGGGCUUACCACAACCCACCGACGUACAAGACGCUUGUCGAGCAGGCGCAGAUGAUUCUUGAUAAUCAGCAGUGUAAAUCGACGGACGUGACGAAUACUCGGCCCAUGGUUGCUGGAGAGGCCGUGUAUGGGGAUGCAUGGAGUGUGGUUCUGAAGGGGCUGGAUUGUAAGGCUGGACAGGAGUGA